AACAGACAACAUGGCAAGCCCAGGGAAAGAUAACUUCAGAAUGAAAAGCUACAAGAAUAAUGCGCUCAAUCCCCAAGAAAUGCGUAGGCGAAGGGAAGAGGAAGGAAUCCAGCUUCGGAAACAAAAAAGGGAAGAGCAGCUUUUUAAACGCCGAAACGUUUCUCUUCCGGGAAAUGAAGAAUCUAUGAUAGAAAGUCCAAUUCAGGAUCCUGAUGUCAGCUCUACUGUGCCUAUUCCAGAGGAAGAAGUUAUUACAGUAGAUAUGGUGCAGAUGAUUUUCUCAGAUGAUCCUGAUCAGCAGCUCACAGCAACUCAGAAAUUCAGAAAAUUGCUAUCUAAAGAACCUAAUCCGCCUAUAGAUGAAGUCAUCCAAAAACCAGGAGUAGUGCAGAGAUUUGUGAAAUUUCUAGAAAGGAAUGAAAAUUACACUCUGCAAUUUGAAGCAGCUUGGGCCUUGACAAAUAUAGCAUCUGGAACUUUUUUACACACCAAAGUAGUAAUUGAAACUGGAGCUGUUCCGAUCUUUAUUAAGUUGCUUAGUUCAGAACAUGAAGAUGUACAGGAGCAGGCAGUGUGGGCUCUUGGUAACAUUGCUGGUGAUAAUGCAGAAUGCAGAGACUUUGUUUUAAACUGUGGAAUAUUACCACCCCUCUUGGAGCUGUUAACAAAUUCAAAUCGUCUUACAACAACUAGAAAUGCAGUCUGGGCUCUCUCAAAUCUCUGUAGAGGAAAGAAUCCACCUCCAGACUUCAGUAAGGUUGCUCCUUGCUUAAAUGUUUUAUCAAGACUGUUGUUUAGCAGUGACCCGGAUGUAUUAGCAGAUGCUUGCUGGGCCCUCUCUUACCUUUCAGAUGGACCCAAUGAUAAAAUCCAAGCUGUUAUUGAUUCUGGAGUAUGUCGAAGACUGGUAGAGUUGCUGAUGCAUAAUGAUUACAAGGUGGUAUCCCCUGCAUUAAGAGCUGUUGGAAACAUUGUUACUGGUGAUGAUAUCCAGACACAGGUGAUUCUAAACUGCUCUGCAUUGCCCUGUCUCUUGCACUUGCUUAGUAGUCCCAAGGAAUCUAUUCGAAAGGAAGCAUGCUGGACUGUUUCUAAUAUUACUGCAGGAAACAGAGCUCAGAUUCAGGCUGUUAUAGAUGCAAAUAUUUUUCCAAUAUUGAUCGAAAUUCUUCAGAAAGCUGAAUUUCGCACCCGAAAAGAAGCAGCAUGGGCCAUAACUAAUGCAACUUCAGGAGGAACCCCUGAACAGAUUAGGUAUUUGGUAGCGUUAGGUUGUACCAAGCCUCUUUGUGACCUCCUGACUGUGAUGGAUUCAAAAAUAGUACAGGUGGCUUUAAAUGGACUUGAAAAUAUUCUGCGUCUUGGAGAGCAAGAGUCUAAGCAAAAUGGAAUGGGCAUUAAUCCUUAUUGUGCUCUUAUAGAGGAAGCAUAUGGACUUGAUAAAAUUGAAUUUCUUCAGAGACAUGAAAACCAAGAGAUUUACCAAAAGGCUUUUGAACUCAUAGAACAUUACUUUGGUGUCGAAGAAGAGGAUUCCAGUAUUGCACCUCAGGUGGAUGAAAGUCAGCAGCAGUUUGUGUUUCAACAGCAGGAGGCUCCAAUGGAAGGGUUUCAGCUGUAAAAAAAAAAAUAAAAAAUCAAGUGGAGACAAGCAUAAAAUUUAAACUCCUGUAGGUGUUUUUUUUUUUUUUUGAGGUCUCUUCUUUAUGGCCAAAGCUAGAGAAAAAGUUGAAUAUGUUUUUCAGAGAUAGAUGAAGAAGCAGCUCAUGCACUUUUAUACAUUGUGUUAGAUACAACUGUUCAUUUUUGUUUUGUAUUUGCAUUUUUCAUUAUCUCAUCUGUACAGAAAACAACUGUGAGUAAUCAUGUCUACAGUAAGGCAUUAAAUGUGAUUUAAGAAGAACUGUUAAGCUAAGGCUCAGUAGGACUCUAGGUAGAGGUUCUGAAUUUCUCGUGUAGUCUCAAACUGCAUAUCAGCAAUACCGUUAUUGACAGUUGCCUUUUUGGCAGUAGGCUUGACUUGCCCAGUCUCUUAUCAAAUCUACCUCUAGAAAUGAAGCAAAAACAUUGCUUCAGAACUAAGGCAUGAGAAGCUGAAUUGGAAUGUGAAAAAUAUUUAUUUAAAUUGUGAAACUUUUAUGCAUUACUUAACACACUUUUGGAAUUUAUUUAUAAAUUGUAUUUAAAGACAUAAUAGACAUGCAUAUAUAAUGCUAAUUACCUAAUAUAAUAUUAAAUAUAUGAAAAAGCUUUUUCUGAUGUACAUGGGAAGAGGACUAUUUCAGAGGCUUUCAAAUUGGAAUCAGCAGAGAGCUUGCUGGUCAUUUGAUGCUAGCUCUGUAAUUAAAGCUGCUAAACGGCAUUAAAAGUCAGCCACAAAUCUAAUACUUUGCUGUGGAAGCAAUUGCUGUAGUUACCACAAGAAUGCUGUGAUUUUGAAUGAGAGGGAUGGCAAUUUGCACAGUUGCAAAUACAAGGCAGAUGGUUUACAGCUGUCUCCUGUCAAAAUGUGGUAACACUGUUUUAGUUUGAGAAAAAUUGGAGCGUUUGCCUUUCUAGUAACAGUAGCUCUGUUUAGACAGUAGAUGUUAUGUUUUUGACCAAAUACGUUACCACAGCUUGAUUUUUUUAAGUUAGCUGUCUUUGUUUUCCUUUGAUAAAACAAUAGAAAUGCUGCAGUGAAAAAUGGGUAGAGAAUUGCUCCUUUCCAGCUGAACGAAAAGUUUGUUGUACUGUAAAUAGCAUUAGGUAUGUGGACACCAAACUAACUAGAAGUUAUUGUCUUCUGAGUAUUUAGGUUCUACAAUAUACAGUGUUUGCUGUUAAACACUAAGAGAAAUAGGAUUCUAAUAUUGACAUUAACCAUUUUAAAUACAGAAAAAUGUAUGCUCUGCUUGGACUUGCGUGUUAGUAGUGUUUUUAGCAUAUUAGUAGUUUGUCUCAUUUGGAGAAAUUAAUACUUUGGGUUAACUUAAAUGAGUUUUAUCUGUAUUUAAUGUGUUAACAUAAAACUCCCAGGUUAAGUGAAGUCUUUGACAUGAGAGCAUUUUGUGCUUUAUAAAAGCUGCAAUUGAAAUUUAAAAUUACUUUUCCCAUGGCACUGUGCUUGUUACUAAAUAAUACUUUAAUGCACUGAGAAAUACAGGUUAAAGGUGAUAUCGUUUAUAGUACCAUUUUAUAUUUAGAAUUUUUUUUAUGUGCAAGUUAAGAUUCAUAAGAUGUUUCACUUUGUUACAGCAAUAUAUACUAUAUUGUAAUUGAAUGUGGGACUUGAAGUGGAUUUUUUUUAAGAUUAGUGGUCAGUUUUGACUAAGAUGUAACUAGGUGGGAAGAAGCCUCUUUUGAACUUUUUACUAGAAGUUAGAAGUAUGUUACAAGAAGUGUAUAUAGGAGUGCUGUUACUUUAUGAACUCUGAGUAAUGAGAUAUUUUAGCAAAUGACACUUUAAGCCUAGAUUUGUACAGCAUACAGCAGUUUCAGAUAGUGGGAUAAUACUAAAUACAGCUGCCAAAUUUUCAUAUGAUGUUAGAUGAUUGUAUUUGUGCCCUUUUUACGCCUAUAAUUUUAGUUUUUAUAUUCUAACUUCUUCCCCUCCCCCCAUCUGUUCAAAGUACAGGGUAAUGAUCAUGGAAAGCUAUCAGAAUUGCUAGUAAAUACUGAACUUCAGUGUUCUAGUAUAAUAAAACUAUUCAGGUAACAGGGUAUUCCAUUACUUGUUUUGAUAAUAUUACAUAACCAUCUGUGCCUGCUUUUUAUUUGGAGGACCUUGUAAACACUGCAUUUAUAAGCUUCUCUAAGCCAAAUCUUGCUUAAAAGACUAUAAACUAUGGUCUUUUAUAAACUAUAAAAAAAUACUAUAAAAAUCUUGAUUGAAAGACUUGAAAGUGGUGAGAAGAGGAGGCAUUUAAAGUAUUAUAUUUGUUUUGAAAGAAUGUCUUCAGUUUUGUGGAUAUAUUACUCUGUAUGUCUGAGCAGUUAAUGACCGCACUUUAUGCGUUUAGAUAAACUAUAUUUCAUGCCUCUGAUACAUUUGAAGUAAUAGUUUAAAAGGGAACUCAAACUAACUGACUUUAGCUAAUGAAAAACAUUAUUUAGUCUUAGCACUUGGUUUACCCUAGAAUUUGUUUAAAAGUAUUUUUUUUUUUGUUUAAAAACUCUUCAUGAAGAGUUUAAAACCAGAGAUGACAACGUACAAUCAGCUCUGGUCUAGUCAUUUGAAGGUAGUGGAGUAAACAUAAUGCUGUGUCCUAAACGGAUGAAAGCAGUUGGGGAUGGGGGAAGGUGAGAAAAGAUUUUAAGUUUGGCAUUUAAUUUAAACACAGAAUACUGAAGUGCCCCAUCAGUUACAAAGUCUGUUUAAAAUACAGUUUGCGGGGCUGCCUUUAAUUAAAAGGGUACCAUUUGUUUUCUGCUUAAAUGUGAAUACUAACUAGCUAAUCUAUGCAACUAUGCAAAGCUUAAGUUUUUUUAGUUCCCUACUCUGAUACACUGAAUCAUAUCUAAUUUUUUUCAUCAUUGCACUUUUGUCUGAGGACUGGUUCAUACAGCUUUUUAAUUUUCUAGUAUUUGCUUUAAACACUGUUGCUAGCAGCAAUCAGAAAAUAGUAAUAAUAUUGCUACAGAAAUAAGUUAGCUAUAGAACAAGUUUGCAACUGGAAAAUAUUUAUUGUUGGGUCUCUCUGUUCCUCUGAAAAGAUGCACUAUUGUCUCUCCUCCAUGGUUUGUUCUCGGUUGGUUUAAAUUUCUUAAAUUGCAAGACUCAUGUCUUUUGUAAUAGAUCUGUCAAUUGUUAUGUGAAAUUUUAACUCUUGACUUCAAGAGUUCACUGAAAUCUGGAAUGAGAAAUUUCAACUAUUUCUAGCACGAUAUCUUCAUGUAAUGUUGUGAAAUUGAAAUACCUAUAUUAACUUCAGAUAAUAAUAGUGCAUCUUUAAAUCCAGGCCAAAGGCCCAUUACUGUAACACAACACAUAUGAGUAGUAUGCAAUAUUAUGGAAUGUUACAACUCCAAAUACCAUACAGAAACCAAUAAAACCUAUUUUACAGA